AUGACAAAGUACUAUCAUAGUCCUUGGCGAUGCCUUCCACCAGGUCCACAAGGAGUUCCACUAUUUGGAAAUAUGUUUCAACUUCGUAGCCAGCAGUGGCUAGCCUUCACCGAGAUGAGGAAAACGUUCGGCGACAUAAUAUAUCUCAAUGUGGCCGGCCAGCCUUUGAUCGUAGUAGGCUCACAGAAAGCUGCAGCGGACCUUCUUGACCGAAGGGCAACCAUCCAUUCAGACAGGCCUCGCAAUAUCGUAGCCUCAGAAAUUAUGACGGGUGGCCUUCUGGUGGUGUUCACCCGUUACAGUGACAUCUGGCGUCGAAUGAGGCGCGCCGCCCAUGAAGGGCUCAACAAACAAGUCGCACACAAAUAUCAUGCCACACAGGUAACUGAGGCUAUAAUUCUCGCUGCUGACAUGAUAACCAGACCGGACAAUUGGGAUGCACAUCUCCGACGCGCUGCCGCUUCUGGAAUUAUGUCAGUUGUAUACGAUGCGGCCCCUAUUUCGUCGGAAAACGAUUCCUCGGUUGUCGCAAUCAACGAUUUUGUUGCCCGCCUUACACGCGCGGCUUAUCCUGGAGCGCAUUUUGUGGAGUUUUUCCCGUGGAUGAAGCACAUUCCCAGCCAGUUCGCAAAGUGGAAGCUUCAAGCCGAAAGAAAUUACACCUCCGAUUCGGCCAUGUUCGAAGGCCUAUUCGGUCGCGUCCGUGAGCGAAUCUCUCAGGGAGACGAACGUCCAAGUCUUGCAAACACUCUCGUACGAGAUGCAACCCGGAACAACCUCAGUGAAAGGGAGAAUGCAUGGCUUGCUGGAACCAUGUAUGCUGCUGGAGCCGAGACGACAUCAGCGGUGAUGGCCUGGUGGAUGCUCGCCAUGGUUGCCUAUCCGGAAACUCAAGAUAAGGCGAGGGCAGAGUUGGACAGAGUCGUCGGACGUGACAGGCCACCUGCUUUCGCCGAUAUUGACAACUUGCCUUACCUAUGUGCCAUGGUCAAAGAGGCAUUACGAUGGCGCCCUGUGGUAACCAUUCCUCAUCGAGCCAUGAAAGAAGACAUAUACAACGGGUUCCGAAUUCCAGCCAACGCCACAGUUCUCGGAAAUACAUGGCUAGACGAGUUUAUUUCAUUGCUUCUCUUCUUGUGCUGA